CAGUUGGACUCGCCCGCCUUCCGGCGCGACUUCUGCCCCGCCUCUCCUGGCAGGAAGUGCGGGCGCCAGGACCGUCCGGUCGAAGCCUCAGUCUCUCUGUUGUUGCUGUUGCUCUUUGCCGCGCGCAGGGCGAUCCUGUUUCUCGUGUCCGGAGCCGGAACUCCAGAACUCAGCUGCCACCAUGUCGAGCAAAAAAGCGAAGACCAAGACCACCAAGAAGCGCCCCCAGCGUGCCACCUCCAAUGUGUUUGCCAUGUUCGACCAGUCGCAGAUUCAGGAGUUUAAGGAGGCCUUCAACAUGAUUGACCAGAACAGGGACGGCUUCAUCGACAAGGAGGACCUGCACGACAUGCUGGCCUCGCUGGGGAAGAACCCCACCGACGCCUACCUGGACGCCAUGAUGAAUGAGGCGCCGGGCCCCAUCAACUUCACCAUGUUCCUCACCAUGUUCGGGGAGAAGCUCAACGGCACAGACCCGGAGGACGUGAUCAGGAAUGCCUUCGCCUGCUUCGACGAGGAGGCCACAGGAACCAUCCAGGAGGACUACCUGCGUGAGCUGCUGACCACCAUGGGCGACCGCUUCACGGAUGAGGAGGUGGACGAGCUGUACAGAGAGGCCCCCAUCGACAAGAAGGGCAACUUCAACUACAUCGAGUUCACACGCAUCCUCAAACACGGGGCCAAGGACAAGGACGACUAGGACUGGUGUCCACCUCCCGCGCCUGUGCUUCCUGUCCUCCCUCCAGCCCACAACCCCCGGGCCUUUGCAUGCACCUAGUGUCACGGCUUUGCUCUUUGAUGUAUUUAUUCCAGACCUGCUGCCACUUAGCACUUGUAUAAUCAGACUGGAAGUUGGGCGAGGUUGUAAAUUGUACUGAAAAAGAUUGCGAAUAAAAAUCAGUAAAUGUGAAAGCCCAGGAAAAUGUAUCGGUAUUUCUGGUUUUGCUGGAUUUUUACAUUUUUAUAUAAUAAAGUGCUAUUUUGAAAUAAA